AUGGAGAUGCCAGACGACACCUACUUAACUGGCUAUGCUGAUGACAUAUUGGCGGUAAUUGCGGCCAGAUCUACGGACGAACUUCAAUGGAAAUUAAACCAGAUGAUGCGACGUGUGAGCAGGUGGGUGGACGACCACGGACUAGAUCUGGCUACGGAGAAAACGGAGCUGGUGAUAGUAAAAAGGAAGUACAUUCCCCUGCACGUAGCGAUGCAGGUUGAACCGUCAGAGAUAGCAGCGAAAACAGCUAUUAGACAUCUCGGAAUAUGGAUAGAUAAUAGACUCUCCUUCGGGGAACAGGUAAAGCAAGCAGCGAACAAGGCAGCCGUUGUCACGACCUCACUAAGCAGGCUCAUGGUCAACAUAAAUGGCCCGAGACCUAGCAAGCGCCGGCUAUUGAUGUCAGUGACCCAGUCAAUAAUGCUCUACGGAGCAGAAAUAUGGGCAGAUGCACUUAAGAAGAAGACAAAUAGCAGACGCUUGGCAGCUGUACAGCAGAAAGGCGCUCUCCGAAUUGCGUUCUCCUAUCGAACGGUAUCGGAACCAGCGAUCCUAGUGAUUGCGGGGACGAUACCGAACGAUCUACAAGCACUAGAGAAGAAGGAAGUGUUCCAUAGGAACCGCAACGUGACCAAAGCGACAGCGAAAUCUGAAGCCAGAGCAGCCACCCUAGAACGAUGGUAA